CGGUGUGGUCCACUGUUGACGGUUGCGCCAGACACAACAAAAUAAACAGUUCCGAGUCGUUGCUAUUAAUGAUCUUGACACAGAUUGUUUUUGACUGAAAGUUUUAAUAUGUCGGCAGUCGCGUUCGUUGGCUCUUAAUGUUGAAAAAAACCGGAAGUUGCUUUUGAGUGACGUGUGCGGAGCUUGACGCGAAUCUGCUCGGAUCGCUGCGGCUCAUCCCUACAUCGCGGCUUUGUUCGCCGGCCGGGAUUGUUCCAUGCAGUAUUGAUGCCAGGCGGCCAUGUCCACCAUGGUGUACCCUCGAGAAGAAGCCCUGGAGCGUCUGAGCCAGGAUGAGAUCGUGGUCAACACCAAGGCCGUCAUGCAGGGCUUGGAGACGCUGCGCGGCGAGCACGCCCAGCUCCUCAACUCUCUUCUGGACUGCGCCCAACCGCCGGCCGUGCAGGAAAAGUCGGGUGCGCUCCGCAAGAGCAUGGAGGCCAUUGAGCUGGGCUUGGGAGAAGCUCAGGUGAUCAUCGCUCUGUCGGGCCACCUGAGCGCGGUGGAGUCGGAGAAGCAGAAGCUGCGCGCGCAGGUGCGGCGCCUGUGCCAGGAGAACCAGUGGCUGCGCGACGAGCUGGCGGCCACGCAGCACAAGCUGCAGCGCAGCGAGCAGAGCGUGGCGCAGCUGGAGGAGGAGAAGAAGCACCUGGAGUUCAUGAACCAGAUCAAGAAGCUGGAUGACGACGACGCAGCUGUGGCCUCGCCCGCCGACGACAAGAACCAAAUCCCGGGCGGUGAGACGGCCAAGGACAGCCUGGACGACUUGUUCCCCAACGACGACGACCACGGGACGGCCCAGCCCAGCGGCGAGGCGGCGGCGCAGCAGGGCGGCUACGAAAUCCCGGCCCGCUUGCGGACGCUCCACAACCUGGUGAUCCAGUACGCCUCGCAGGGCCGCUACGAGGUGGCCGUGCCGCUCUGCAAGCAGGCCUUGGAGGACCUGGAGAAGACGUCGGGACACGACCACCCCGACGUGGCCACCAUGCUCAACAUCCUGGCUCUGGUCUACAGGGACCAGAACAAGUACAAGGAAGCGGCACACCUCCUCAACGACGCCCUGGCCAUCAGGGAGAAGACGCUGGGCAAGGACCACCCGGCGGUGGCGGCCACCCUCAACAACCUGGCCGUCCUCUACGGCAAGCGGGGCAAGUACAAGGAGGCCGAGCCGCUGUGCAAGCGUGCGCUGGAGAUCCGCGAGAAGGUGUUGGGCAAGUACCACCCGGACGUGGCCAAGCAGCUCAACAACCUGGCGCUGCUGUGCCAGAACCAGGCCAAGUACACCGAGGUAGAGUACUACUACCGCCGCGCCCUGGAGAUCUACCAGUCCAAGCUGGGCGCCGACGACCCCAAUGUGGCCAAGACCAAAAACAACCUGGCCACCUGCUACCUCAAGCAGGGGAAGUUCAAGGACGCCGAGACGCUCUACAAGGACAUCCUGACCCGAGCGCACGAGCGCGACUUUGGCUCCGUCAACAACGAAAACAAACCCAUUUGGAUGCACGCCGAAGAGCGAGAAGAGAGCAAGGCCAAGCAGAAGGAGGCCGGGCCGUAUACCGAGUACGGCAGCUGGUACAAGGCCUGCAAGGUGGACAGCCCCACAGUCAACACCACCCUGAAGAGUCUGGGUGCCCUCUACCGCCGCCAGGGCAAACUGGAGGCGGCUGAAACGCUGGAAGAGUGCGCCAGCAAGUCCCGCAAGCAGGGCUUUGACGCCAUCAACCAAAGCAAGGUGGUGGAGCUGCUAAAGGACGGAGGAGAGCGCCGGCACGGCAGAGAAGGCGGGAGCAGCUGCGCCGCGUCCAAGGGCGAGAGCGACGCCGACGACUCUGCCGAGUGGAACGGGGUCAGACGGCAGCGGCUCCCUUCGGCGCAGCGGCUCCUUUGGGAAGAUCCGCGACGCGCUGAGGAGGAGCAGCGAGAUGCUGGUCAAGAAGCUUCAGGGAAGCGGACCUCAAGAACCGCGCAACCCGGGAAUGAAGAGAGCAAGCUCCCUCAAUUUCCUUAACAAGAGCGCAGAGGAGACGGCGCAGGACGCCAACUCAGGCCUGUCAGACUGUCGGGGACUCAGCGCCAGCAACGUGGACCUCACAAGACGCAACUCCCUAAUUGGCUAAAUACAAGCUUGGAGGCGGGGCUCCGGGGGUGGCGCACAUCAAGCUCGCUUUUUGUUUUCCUUUUCGUCCACACACUGACAUCACUGUUGUCCAUACCCACUCGGCAUGUGAACACGGACGCCUCACGGCCCAAACGGUAGCCUCGGCUUUGGCGUUGCCACGACGACGCGUCACUCACCACGUCGCUACGAUUAGUCGCUCGCUUGCCGUCAGCUGACGGUCGCUUAGAAUGUGGACGCGGCUUCAGAACAGGACAACUAGCGCUUGUUGCUGUACAAACGUAGCACCUUCAUGAAUGUCAUACAAUUGCAUCCAAGCAGAUUAGUUCUUCUAGACACUUAGUAGGAACAUCUCCGCAAAUCAAUAAACGCGCUUGAAGAUGCUUCAAUCAAUUAAUAAACAUGUACCAGGGC